AUGAAUCGAGGCUGCAACCUCGCUUUCGCCCUUUGCUGGAUUGUUAAUAAACAGAACGCAAGAGAAUUAUGACAGAAGACCGUUAUGGAGAUUCAAAAAUGGUCUAGCUAUUGCGGUUUAGGUAUUAUUGGCGCCUGCUUUAGACGACAAUAUCAAAGGCCUCUGCAUGAUGAAAAUAAUCAUCAAGAGCAGCCACCUGUGAUAUUUGAUACAGCUCACAUGGGCAAUGAGUGUGUUAUUGUUAAAAAUGGAAAAAGAAUCUGUGGUACAGGUGCAGCCCUGUCAAAUGCCCAAAUUGUACAAGACAAAAGCUACUUUGAAGUUAAAAUACAGUCUUCAGGUGACUGGGCAAUUGGAGUUGCAAACGUUACAUGUAACCUAAGCAAACUACCUCUUGGGGAGGAUGCCACAAGUUGGGUGUUAAGAUCUGAUGGGUCUCUGGCACACAAUGGUAUUUCUCAUGACAAAAUCACUACAUUACCAUCCGAGGGUGAAUACUUGGGAUGCAGUUUUGACCAUAUUGAACUUAACUUUUUCCUAAAUGGUAAACCAUUGCAUUGCCCCUUGACUGGAAUCAAAGGAUCUGUAUUUCCAAUCGUUAGUGUGGAUGACGGAUGCAUCAUUGAUGCCAACUUCGACAACUUUGUUUACGAGCCUCCAGCUGGUUAUCAAAAAAUAAUGUUUGAAAAAAGCUUGCUGUGAUUAACCAAAGAUGUGGCUGAAUAUGUGUUGAUGCUGGUACAAAUCAGGCUGAAGUUUGGAUUUAUCAAAUUUCAGUAGUGGAUAUAGAUAUAAGCUGUGUCACUUUUAAUUAAGAAUUAAUGUAUUUUAAUAGGUAAGAUUUUAAUGAAUUGAAUAUAGACACCAAAAUAAAGAGCACUGAAACAGUGGCAAGUGUUGACUGAAAUGUCAAAUGAAUGAUAACAUUAACUGUUCUUAAUAAUUGCAUCCAUGCAUAUGUUAUGACCUUGUCAGUGACAAUCAGGUGCCAAACUAAUCUCAGCCAUCACCCACCUACUGUGCUGUAAUUUGGUACUAUGAAUUCUCAAAUUUGCUGUUUUCUCGUAUAAAGCCCCCCAAUAAGCCCCUACAUUGGAAAAAAGGUUUUUUACAAGUAAUCCCCCACCCUAACAUGCCCACCUUUGCAGUUUAAUUAGUCCCAAAGAGGCCUAAUCUUGAUACAACAGGAAGAUACACAAUUUGGGUCCAUGACACAUUGAGCAGCAAAUGAAAGCACUAAAAUAAUGGACAUAAAUAUAAAAUGAAAAAUGAAAUGAACUUGAAAAUUGUGAAAAAAACUACCAAACAAACCACUUGAAUGGAAAGCUGCAGAUACCUUUUUAAGCCCCCCCCUCAAAUAAGCCCAAAUCAGAUAUUUUUCACUAAAGAUAUUGUUAAAAACUAAGGAUUGGUUGAGCAAUGAUUUAGGGGUGGAGACCUAAGCUACUCCCUCCUUCUAUAGCUCUAAUUCAGCUUUAGUCUAUCCUCUUCCAACCUAGCUUUAGGAAAAGACUUUCAAUAAUGCAAGGCCCAUAAGUAGGCAAGAAAUGAUACAUAAUUCUAUGUUUAUUAUGCUGUUGUUUAGCAAUAGAUAUUCUGUUCCAACAAUUUUAAAUUAUUUUAUGCAUAUAUUGAUAUACUUUUCUAAUCAAUGA